AUGGACCCCAGUUUGUCCCAAUCGGAAUCAGCUUCGAUGGAGCAUUUGCUGCAGUUGUUGCAGCAGCAGCAACAACAACAACAACAACUGCAGCAGCAACAAGUGGAAGUGCAACGACAGUUGCACUUCCUCUAUGAAGAGCUCCAAAAAAAGCAGCAGGAGCAGCCGCCGCAGGAGCAGCCGCUGCAAGAGCAGCCGAUGCAGGAGCAGCAGCAGCAGCAGCAGCAGCAGCAGCAGGAGCAGCCGCAGCAGGAGCAGCCGCAGGAGCAACCGCAACAGCAGCAAAUAUACAGAAAAAGAAUAGGGGGCGGUCGCUCAAGGGCCCGUUGGCGAGCGCAGAGGGGGAUACCACCUCGCCGACGUGGCGCCCGUGGCGGCCGAGGUGGCGGCCGAGGUGGCGGCCGGGGUGGCGGCCGAGGUGGCGGCCGAGGUGGCGACCGAGGUGGCGGCCGAGGUGGCGGCCGAGGUGGCAGCCGAGGUGGCGGCCGAGGGCUACUGGCGAAGGUCCACGUAAAAAAACCUAACGCGCUAUUAGUGGCACCUCAUGGGUAG